AUGCCCUCACCCUACCCAGGCAUGGCCGGGGGUGUGACCGAAAUGCAGCGAAGCCUGGUUAUCAAACACGCCUUCUCUACCCCAUACUUGAUGCAUGAGCUUCUGGCUUUCUCGGCAAGGCGCCAGAGCAUUGAGUUCCCCCAUGACAGCAAUGCGGAGUAUUGGAGGGACCAGGCCGCGGUGCUCCAGACACGCGCCCUCGGCCUGUUUAACGCUCGGCCGGAGCUCACCCAGCAAAAUUGCAUUCCCGUCUUUCUAUUCUCAGGGAUGCUUGGCAUCCAUCUGCUCGCAGACACCCUUAGUCAUCGCGGAGACGGCCUUCCGUCCUUUGUCGACUCUUUUGUGAGCUACAUUUCCAUGCAUCGGAGUUUACGCACCCUCGUCACCGGACUCUGGCCCAUGCUGGUCAAUACAGAGUUGAGACCCAUCCUCACCUGGAGCGGCCAGGCAGCGAUGGCCGCAUCCCAGGACAUGUUGGUCAGCCCUCCCUUGGGCAGAUUAAUCUCCGAGGCCAAUGACCUCCCAGCAGAGGCCAAGGCCGCCUGUCUUGAGGCAAUUAGACACCUCGAGUGGGCGCUUGAUGAGACCUGCGAAUCGGAACAGCGUCGCCAAAAGCAGGUGCAGAUGUUGUUUACUUGGCCACUCACAGUCCCUGAACCGUAUCUUGAACUGCUUAAUAUGAGGCGACCCGAGGCCUUGGUCAUACUUGAGCGCUACGCAGCGCUGCUCUGCCACUGCCGGGAUCUUUGGAUGGUUGGUGACGCUGGCCGUUACCUCACCAAGCUUAUUACAUCGAGCUUGGAAGGCAGGUGGAUGGAGUAUAAAUAUGAAAUGGAUCUCGAGCCUACACCUCCUCAGACUUAA